AUGAUUGUGUUAUGGAUUACACUGCUUUGUCUUCAUCCAGUAUAUACGCUGCUUCCAGUGAAAACAGUUCAUCUUGGUGAACCAGCCACAUUUACAUGUGUUAUACCAAGCAUAGAUAUCAGCGACAGAAAAAUCCACUGGUACAAGCAGAGUGUUGGAGAUUCUCUCAAUAUAAUUGUAACAUUGUUUGAAUCUGCAACAGAGUACGCACCAAACGUUUCAAAAUCAAGAUUUGACUUACGUACUGAUAACAGUUUUAGUAACCUGACCAUUAUGAGCACAGUUGAAGAGGAUGAAGGAAUGUACCACUGUGGAGUCACACAGUGGAUAAAGACUAAAUGGAGUGGGACAUAUUUGUUAGUAGAAGGAAACACUGAGAGGACUGUUGUUCAGACAGUAUCAGAUCCAGUCCGUCCAGGAGACUCAGUGACUCUCCAGUGUUCAGUCCUCUCUGACUCUGAGAACAAGAUGUGUCCAGGAAAUCUCAGUGUGUUGUGGUUCAGAGCUGGAUCACAGACUCAUCCAAACAUCAUCUACACGGAUGGAGAUAUUAGUAACAAAUGUGAGAAGAGAUCUGAGACUCAGAAGAGAUGUGUCUACAGCUUCUCUAAGGACGUCAGCUCCUCUGAUGCUGGGACUUACUACUGUGCUGUGGCCACAUGUAGAGAGAUAUUAUUUGGAAAUGGAACUAAACUGGAGACCGGUUCUGAAUUAGUUGCGCUGGUGAUAACAACAAUCUGCUUGGCCAUAUCUAUGAUCGCACAUUUUGUUUUCAUCUGUUGUCAAACUCCAAGAGCAAUGUGUGAACAAUAUGAAGGAAUAGAAAGCACCUCUUCACAAGUUCUAUUUGUCUGGUGGGAAAACUACAAGACAAAUGAAGCAGAAAAGACUCAAGAGUGAAGGAAAUGUUUCUUUCCCUGGAUAUGUGAAUAUGAGUUUGUGUUUCUGUGGGCUGGUUUGUCGCUCUAACCCUUUGUGUGAGUAACAAAAAAUGUUGUGGGUUGUUAUUUUAUUUUACUUUAUUUUUUAGCAAGAAAGGGAUGUUUCAUCAUAAAAGUCAAAGACACAGUUCCAUGCUUCCACUUUUUUACCGGGAUAACAUUAUGACGUUUUAUAUACACUUAUUUUUAUUUUAAGCCUGGUUUUAUAUUUUUUAUAUGUAUAUGAAGAAAAUCUAAAUCCUCAGACCUAUAAUGACUUAGUGAUAAUAUUAACUUCAUGUUGUAUUUCUUGUGUACUUUUUUUUUUAUAUCACACAGUACUUCAAAACAAUAAUAAUAGUUAUUCUUUAUU